ACAAGUGAAUGCCUGUUGCUGCACUGAUUGAAAAGUGCAUGGGUGGAACUGGAAUAUCAACAUCUGAACCAGGAUAAAUCCAUGGCAAAAUACCAUUUCAUUUGGAGAUAUUUGGAAUGAACGCAAAUGAACAAAACUGCAUCUCUGGAGGCGAUAUCUCCAGUUCUAUCAGCCAGGUCGAGAUGCAGAUUUCCAAAAGCCCUUUUAUCGCCACUGUCAAUGCAGUCACAUCGAGACAAGAGCUGCGCUGGAUAAUCGAGCCGGUGAUGCCCAGUGAGAGUCUGGAGCAGACCAGUGAACCUACAGCAGCUCAGAGAGAAAGCUUCAAAAGAAAUAUACAGCUCACUCCAGAUGAAGAGGAGAAGAUAUUACGGAGAAGAGAACGCAACAAAAUGGCAGCUGCCAAAUGCCGCAACCGCAGACGAGAACUUAUUGACCUUCUUCAGGAGGUUUAA